AUGGGUCAUAAAAAUAUUUUGAAGUUGAUCGGAUGCUGCUUAGAGACUCAAACUCCCAUUCUAGUUUUUGAAUCUGUACAGUAUUACACUUUUGCUAACCUUGUUUACCAUCCUCUUGAACCCCAUUUUAAACCUUUACCAUUGACACAGAGAUUAAAGAUUGCAAUGGAGGUGGCUAAUGCAGUAGCAUAUCUCCACUUUGGAUUUUCUAGGCCCAUUAUGUGUAGAAUGUACAAACCAGGCUACGUUUUAUUCAAUGAUAAAAAUAUUGCUAAAGUGUUUGAUUUAUCGUGGUCUGUGUCUAUUCCAGAAGGUGAAACUCACAUUGAAAUCGCAGUGCAAGGUCUAUUGGUAUAUAUUGCACCUGAGUACUUAAAAAAAGGUAAAUUAAAUGAAAAAACUGAUGUUUAUGGUUCUGGUUGUCUUCUGAUCGAGCUUUUGGCUGGAAACAGAAUGUCUAAUAUUCUUCAAGCUGAACCAGACUAUGACCAUAUAUUAGAGAAGCUUAUUAAGAAAUAUAUUGAAGAUGGGUAUAAUAAGAUGGUAGAUCCCAUGAUUCUUGGAGAGGAGCCUUGUUCUGGAAAAGACCUGCAAUUGCAAGCUGUUACACAGCUUGCUGUGAAAUGUGUCUCUGAAUCAGCAGAAGAAAGGCCGACAAUGAUUGAUGUGGCAAAACAGCUCAGGCAAAUGUAUCGCCUCUCCUAG